AUGGUUCGCAGUUCAAGAUAUUUUUCAAUAAUAUUAGAUUGUACACCAGACACUGGUCAUUCUGCGCAAAUUAGUCUUGUUCUGAGGUAUGUUGUCCUUAACACAACUUCAAAAAAGAUUGAAGUUAAGGAAAGUUUUAUUGCGUUUAAUCCAAUAAUGGACUCUACGGGGAAAGGGAUAUAUACAUUUGUGACAGAAAUUUUGAAAAAAUUAAAUUUAGAUAUAAAAAAUAUUAGGGGACAAGGUUUUGAUAAUGGAGCAAACAUGAAGGGACAGCAUGUUGGGCUUCAAAAACGCAUUCUUGACGCGAAUCCGAGAGCCCUUUUUGUACCUAGUGCGGCUCAUACUUUGAACUUAACAGUAAAUGACGCUUCUAAAGUGUCAGAUGCUACAAUAAACUUUUUUAAUCUUGUGCAAGAGUUAUAUAAUUUUUUUUCGUCAUCCACAAAUAGGUGGGAUAUUCUGAGAAAAAAUGUCCCUGGGUUAAGUAUAAAGCCUGUAAGUGAGACAAGAUGGUCCAGCAGAAUUGAUUCAAUAAAGCCCCUUAAACUUUAUUUAAUUAAGGUUUGCGAAAGCUUUCUAGAAGUUGCUGAAGAUAAUUCCAUUCACAUUGAAGCAAGACAUAAAGCGAGUUCCCUCUUAACGUCUGUACAAAAAUUUCAAUUUAUUUGCGGAAUUAUUAUUUGGCAUGACGUUUUACUUCACAUAAAUAUUGUCAGCAAACAAAUGCAAAGUGCUACAAUUAAUAUUAAAGUAUGCCAAACCUACCUAAAAAUUUUAGUUGAUCACUUCCAGCAAUAUAGAUCUGACCAAUCGUUUGAAGAAAUUCUUGUACAAGCGAAAGAAGUAGCACUCUCUCUCGAAAUUGAAGAAGACUUUCCACCGUUACCAACGGUCAGGAGGAAAUUUAAUCCAAAACUGUUUGACUAUGAACACCGAGAUGAGACCCCUCAUGAUCCAAAAACUGCCUUUAAAAUUUGUUUUUUCUUAAAAAUUAUAGAUCAAACAUUAAGCUCUCUAAAAACCGAUUUGACUUAUUAA